AUGAAACAAGGCAUUAAAAUUAUUGCUGAAUGCACUCUUUUAGAUUAAAAUGCUAACUAUGGAGAUAUUAAUCUAAAGAAUGUUACUCUAUAUGGAGAAAAAUUCUUGACAAUUUCAGAACCAUUGAUUUACAUAAAUAGUAUCAAUAACAUCACUGUCGACGAAUGUAGUUUCAAAUCUUACACAAAACUUGGAGAUCCAAAUUUACAUAUUUUAAUGAUUGAUUCAGUUGAUAGUUGUCAAGUCACUGAUAUCAGUGACAAAAGGAUUAGAUAUCUUAACUAUACAAAUAACUACCAGACAACUGAGACUAAAGAUUGGUAAGACUCAGUAUCUUUAGUGUCUAUUUUUAUAAGAAGGGGAGGAGAUUAAAUUAGAAACAUUGUUGAAAUAAUUGAAAACAUAACUGUUGAGAAUGCUAAAAGCAAUAGAGACUUUAUAUAAAUAGGGUCCUAUUUACCCAGUCUUACUUUGAGAAACUUCUAUUUUAAGAAUGCAGUGUUGUACUAUUAGCCUACAUAUGGUGUGGAUCCAACCUAGAAUUCUCAGACACUAGUUAAGCAUUCAACUGCUCCUUUCAAUGCCACCACAAAUAUCGUCAAUGCUCAUUUUGAAAAUAACACACUCUAUUAGAAUAAUGCUUUUUAAGCUGAUCGUUCCACUUAAUUGUUCUCUAUUAGGUUGAUUCAAAUAGUGUUUAUCUUGGGAUCUUUAAAACCUAAAGAAUAGUUAUGGAAAAUGUGA